AUGCGUUUCACUAGUGUCCGGAGAGCGCCUCGACCAAACCUCACGGGCUUCGAUCCCAAAGCUUUCGCAGCGGCAGCUGGCACACCUAAAAACGACCCAUGGGCACGAGCAGAGGCGUGGAGAUACACUGGACCCUUUACAAGAUGGAACCGGUUUAAGGGCAGCUUCCCCGGCUUGGGCAUUGCGACAGUGGCAUUUGCGGCGUACUGCGGGUACGAAUACCUUUUUCUGAAGGACGAUCAUCAUGGACACGCGGAGGGAGGUCACGGCGAGGAGCAUCACUAG